ACCCUGCGCUGGCACACAAGCAGUUCCGAGCGUGGCGCCUGCUGUUGGAGUGGUUCCGAGCGCGGCUCCUGCUGUUCGAGCGGUUCCGAGCGCGGUUCCUGCUAUCGGAGCGGUUCUGAGCGCGGGUCCUGCUAUCGGUCAAUGUUUGCGGCUGCCCGAAGCAUCUCUGUCCCUGUCCUCGCCGGCAGCUCGUGGUGACUGCCAGGACCCGGCCCCCAACCUGCCUCCCUUGGUGUUUCAGGCCCUACUCCACAGUCUCGCCGUGAAUUGCUGGGAUGGAGGCCGACUCCCUUCUGCACAGCGGCUACUUCCACCCGGUGCUGCGCUCCUGGCAGUGCUCCACAGCCACCUUCGAUGCUUCCAACCUCAUCUACCCCAUCUUUGUCACCGACAGUCCUGACGCGGUGGAGCCGAUCGCCAGCCUCCCCGGCCAGGCCAGGUACGGCAUCAACAAGCUGGAGGGGAUGCUGCGCCCCCUCGUUGAGGAUGGCCUCAAGUGCGUGCUCAUCUUCGGGGUGCCCAGCAAGGUCCCCAAGGAUGAGAGGGGCUCUGCCGCGGACGCGGAGGACACCCCUGCCAUCCAGGCCAUCAAAAAGAUCCGCUCCACCUUCGCGGAGCUGCUCGUCACCUGCGACGUCUGCCUGUGCCCGUACACGUCCCACGGGCACUGUGGCAUCCUGCGCGAGGACGGCACCAUCCAGAAUGAGCUCAGCUGCCAGCGGCUGGCAGAAGUGGCGCUGGCUUAUGCCAAGGCAGGCUGCCACAUCGUCGCCCCCUCAGAUAUGAUGGACGGGCGCAUCGCGGCCAUAAAGAAGGCGCUGAUCUCCAAUGACUUGGGCAACAAGGUCUCCGUGAUGAGCUACAGCGCCAAGUUCGCGUCCUGUUUUUACGGUCCCUUCAGGGACGCUGCGCUGUCCAAGCCGGCCUUCGGGGACCGGCGCUGCUACCAGCUGCCCCCGGGCGCCCGCGGCCUGGCUGCACGAGCCGUGGACCGCGACGUGCGCGAGGGAGCCGACAUGCUCAUGGUGAAGCCUGGCAUGCCCUACCUGGACCUCGUGAGGGACGUCAAGGCCCGACACCCCGCGCACCCGCUCGCCGUCUACCACGUGUCCGGGGAGUUCGCCAUGCUGUGGCACGGCGCGCAGGCCGGCGCCUUCCCGCUGCGCGCGGCCGUCACCGAGGCCAUGACGGCGUUCCGGCGCGCAGGCGCCGACACCGUCAUCACGUACUUCGCGCCGCAGCUGCUGCGCUGGCUGAAGGAGGAGGCGGCGGCGCGGGCCUGA